AUGAAGUGCCUCCUGCUCGCCCUGGGCCUGGCCCUCGUGUGUGGCCUCCAGGCCGCCACCGUCCCCCUGACCAUGGAGGACCUGGAUAUAAGACAGGUGGCUGGGACGUGGCACUCCAUGGCCAUGGCGGCCAGCGACAUCUCCCUCCUGGACUCGGAGACCGCCCCUCUGAGAGUGUACGUCCAGGAGCUGAGACCCACGCCCCGGGACAACCUGGAGAUCAUUCUGCACAAGUGGGAAAACCACGCAUGCAUCGAGGGGAACAUCAUGGCCCAGAGGACCGAGGACCCAGCCGUGUUCACGGUCGACUACCAGGGGGAAAGAAAGAUCUCCGUGCUGGACACUGACUACACCCACUACAUGUUUUUCUGCAUGGAGGCCCCAGCGCCUGGCAUGGAGAACGGCAUGAUGUGCCAGUACCUGGCCAGGACCCUGAAGGCCGACAACGAGGUCAUGGAGAAAUUCGACAGAACCCUCCAGACUCUGCCCGUGCACAUCCGGAUCAUCCUGGACCUGACCCAGGGGAAGGGCCCCGACCUCAGGGCCGGCUGCCCCUCCCGCCAGGCCCCUCCGGCCACCGCCAUGGUUACCUGGAAGCCAGCAAAACCGGAAGCCGCUGCCGCCGCUGCUGCCGCUGGGGACACUUUCAACAGGACCCGGGGUCUCCGACAGAAGAGGCAGAGUGACCGGGGAGCAGCCGGAGGUCACCCGGCACACGGGACACCAGGAGCAUCACAGCCCGAGGGAGAAGACGACGAGAGGGCGCCCCAUGGACAUUCGCGGGACGGCGGACAUUCCCGCUACCGCAGCACCAACCACACCUCCUCGGGCAAAGGAAACUGCUCUGAGGUGCUGCUGGACGCCCACCUCACCCGGACCGUUCCAGAUCCUCCACCGACAGGCAGCAAGAAUGUCCACCCCACCCUGCCUGGCUUCAAGGCCACUCCUCAGAGUUUCAACAGACACCCCCACGUCCGGGGUCAGAGCCUCCCCCGGGAGCGGCAGCCGCACUGA